AUGCGGAAAAAAAUAAAAGUAUCAAAAGAGCCUUCUUUUUCUAUAAUAGAUGAUCAAAUAAACCAGAAGAAAAUAACAAUUCCUGAUUUCAGAGGACUCAUCAGCUAUAUUUUUCUGGGAAAGAACCCACCUAAAUGGGCAAAUUUAGAAUCACCACAUGAAAUUAAGAAAAUCGUCUAUUGCAGUAUCCCAGGAUUGCGUUUUGAAGAUUUUUCUAGUGACAGUUCAUCCAAUAAAGACUUGAGAUCCGUAUCCAUGAAAAGUUUUUGUAGGAAUGAACAGUUGUCAUUUUUUUACAAUAUUUUCGGUGAAAUUAUUCCCAUGCAAAGCCCUGGAAGUAAAGAUUCACUCUAUUCUGCUUUUAAUGCUCUAACGAAUGUCCCACUUAGCAAAAAAGAGAGAGCACGUUUGAAACUGAUUAAGCAAGAUAUUGAGAUUUCAGAUAUCUUACUAUCCAGAGAGCAAAUGGAAGAAUAUAAUUACCCCCCUCAUGAUAUUCAUGAUUCUGAUAAAUGGCUAACCACAAAAGAUAUUGAUCGCCUGAUGAAAACAUUUGCUUUAGAUUGUGAAUUUUGUCUUUCCUCAAAUGGAGAUGUGGUUACUAGAGUUUCUUUACUAGAUGAGAAUGGUGUAGUUUUUGAUGAUUUGGUCCAGCCUUCUGAGGAAAUAAUCGACUAUAAAACAAAGUACUCUGGGAUAACUGAAGACAUAUUGAAAGGUGCUACCACGUCUUUUCAUGAUGUUAGGAAUAAAAUUUUAGACUCGGUAGCGAGUAAUGAUAUUUUAAUUGGUCACUCCUUGAAUUCUGAUUUAAAUGCUUUAAAAAUUAUACACUUGAACGUAAUAGACACUGCUGUUUUGUAUGAACACCCAAGAGGUCCACCUCUGAAACCGUCUUUAAGAUGGCUAGCAGAAAAAUAUCUUAAUAGACUAAUCCAACAGGGUGAAGCUCUGGGAGAUGGCCAUUCUUCAGUAGAAGAUGCUAGAGCUUGCCUCGAUUUAGUGAAGCUCAAACUUGAAAGGGGCAAGCUAUUUGGAAAAUUUGUCAACGAAGUUUCGUUGUUUAGCAAAUUAAAUGCUGAUACAUCUUCAGAACGAGUAGUAAAUGCCACAUUGCUUGAAUACUGUACUAAAGAUGAAUCUUCGAACUCAGAAUACUUGAAAAAAGUUAAUGUAACUAAUGACGAUCAGGCGACAGAUAUACUCGCGAAAGAGAUCAAGUCUUCCGAGAUAGUAAUGAUGAGAUUGAGGGAAUUGGAAUUUAAUUACGGGUGGUCCAGAAUACCGAGCAAUUAUGAUGGACUUUUAUUCGAAGAAGAAGUAGACAAAACCAAAUUAUUUGAAAACUUAAAUCUGAGACUAAUCAAGAUAAGUUCAUCAUUACCUAAAAAUACUUUACUAAUGAUAUUUGCGUCGCUGGGGAAUCCCAAAGAAAUGUAUAGGCUAAAACACAUUAAAAGAAAUUUACAGUCUUCAGAAAAAAAUACUGAAGACCAAAAUUUCCUUGUUGGUGAGGUUUGGGACCAAAAUAAAAGCCAUGAAUUGAUGAAAGCUACAACAUCUGCAAGAGAAGCGAUUGCUUUUGUCAAUUUAAUUUAA